GAUCCUGUUGAUCCAGCCAACACUGUGAUUGUGAUUCGUUCAUUAGUUCCUGGGGGUGUGGCCGAGCAAGAUGGCAGACUUCUUCCCGGAGAUAGGCUCAUGUUUGUCAACGACAUCAACUUGGAAAAUAGCAGCCUGGAGGAAGCAGUACAAGCACUGAAAGGAGCCCCAGCAGGAACAGUUAAAAUAGGAGUUGCCAAACCACUCCCUCUUUCACCAGAGGAGGGCUAUGUCUCUGCUAAGGAAGAUUGCUUUUUCUACACUGCCCAGUCACAUGAGGAGGAGGGGCCAGCUGAUGCAGCCCUCUUCCGUGCUGAGCUGGCUCUGGUGGACUCCAGUGAGGCAGAUCUCGCGGAUGAGUCCACGUUUGAGUCGCAGUAUUCUCCGGAGAGUGACGUCUUCCAGGCUUCAAUGAUAGCUCUGCAUGGCAACGCCUGUGGCAGCGAGCUGAGCUACAGCUUCUCUCUUCCAUUAGCAGCUCCCAAGUCUGUUGGAGAGGAAUGUUCAAAUGCUGCAGCGGAUUUCCAUGUGUCUGACAAGAAUCUGUACAACAUGGAUCAGAAUCAGAGAGGGAGAGAGCAAACGUCUGUAGUGGACAGUAGCCUGGAACCUGCAACUGAUUUUACUAAGAAGGAUCUUCUUCCUCUGGAUGUUUCGGAUAUCAGCCAAAAGGAAGGUGAAAACACAGCAACGUGGACUGGAUCUCAGACAGCAGCAGAAAUUGCACUAAGUACAAGCCUUGCUGCUACCGGGCAGCUUCAUCCCACUGAAAAAGAUCAAGUGCUUUUAAUGGAAAAGAGAUGCCCAGUGUCUUUGGAGGGAAGUUCCACAACCCCAAAUCCAGUGAAAAACAUAUAUGAGAAGACUAUCACUAUCGCAAAAGGCAACUCGAGUCUAGGGAUGACAGUAAGUUCCAAUAAAGAUGGCUCAGGAAUGAUCGUCCGCAGUGUCAUCCAUGGAGGCUCGAUAAGUCGUGAUGGACGGAUUGGUGUGGGUGACUGCAUCCUGUCCAUUAAUGAAGAGUCAACCACUAACUUAACCAAUGCACAAGCCCGGGCUAUGCUAAGGAGGCAUUCACUCAUUGGACCAGAUAUAAAUAUUACAUAUGUGCCAGCAGAAAAUUUAGACGAGUACAGGGCCAGUUUGGGACAACAGACAGAGGGAGCUGUGCCACUUGAACUUUUUUCUUCACAUACUGUCAGGGAACUCCCAGAGCUUCCAGAACGUGAAGAGGGGGAGGGAGAAGAAAGUGAACUUCAAAAUGCAGCUUUCAGUAACUGGAACCAGCCCAGAAAGGUUGAACUCUGGAGAGAACCCAGCAAGUCACUGGGGAUCAGCAUUGUCGGAGGACGAGGGAUGGGGAGCCGCCUGAGUAACGGAGAAGUGAUGAGAGGGAUCUUUAUCAAGCACAUCCUGGAAGAUAGCCCAGCUGGCAAAAAUGGAACACUAAAAACGGGAGAUCGGAUUGUGGAGGUGGAUGGAAUUGACCUCAGAGAUGCCAGCCAUGAGCAAGCUGUGGAAGCCAUACGGAAGGCAGGCAAUCCUGUAGUCUUUAUGGUACAGAGCAUUAUAAACAGACCAAGGGCAUUUGGUCAGACUGAUUCAGAGCCAGAAAAGACUUCGCUUUGUAACUUGCCUCUGCCUCCUCCUUCAGCAUUUUCAGGAAUGAGCUGUGAUGUUGCACAGUCGUCUUCUAGCAGAGUCCCAGAGGAUGUGGAGAAGGAGGAUGAGUUCGGUUACAGCUGGAAAAAGAUCAUGCAGCGCUAUGGAAACCUGCCAGGGGAGCUACACGUGAUUGAGCUGGAGAAAGGAAGGACAGGUCUGGGACUCAGUCUUGCUGGUAACAAAGACCGAUCCAGGAUGAGUGUCUUUAUAGUGGGAAUUGAUCCAAAUGGAGCAGCUGGCAAAGAUGGCAGGUUACAGAUUGCAGAUGAGUUACUAGAGAUAAAUGGGCAAAUACUCUAUGGAAGGACUCAUCAGAAUGCUUCCUCAAUAAUCAAGUGUGCACCAUCUAAAGUAAAAAUAAUCUUUAUCAGAAAUAAAGAUGCAGUAAACCAGAUGGCUGUUUGCCCUGCAAAGUCAGCAGAGGCUUCACAGUGUGCUUCAGGGACACCUCAACAUCAAGAGAUUGAUAUCAAUGCUGCAAACUCCAGUGCUUGCUCUGACUUCAGUUCAUGUAAAAACAUUCAGUAUGUGGAACUCCCUAAGGAUCAAGGAGGCUUGGGAAUUGCCAUUAGUGAAGAAGACACAAUUAACGGAGUAGUUAUCAAGAGCUUAACAGAUCAUGGUGCAGCAGCAAAGGAUGGACGAAUCAAAGUUGGAGAUCAGAUCCUGGCAGUGAAUGAUGAAAUUGUUGUGGGAUAUCCAGUAGAAAAGUUUAUUAGUCUCCUGAAGACAUCCAAAACUAUGGUGAGGCUUACAAUCAACUCAACCGAGGCGGAUAGCCCAACUACAGCACCAGUCCCUUCCAGCACUGCCUCAGCAGAGAGGAGGAAUAUGCAGCCGCCAGCGGCUGCCCCCUCUUCCAGCUCACCAGAACCAGAAGCAGUCAAAAACACAAGCAGAUCUUCAACUCCAGCCACGUUAGCCUCUGACCCAGCUACUUGUCCCAUCAUUCCUGGAUGUGAAACAACCAUUGAUAUCUCCAAAGGGCGGACUGGUCUUGGUCUGAGCAUUGUUGGAGGAGCAGACACUUUGCUGGGAGCAAUCAUUAUCCAUGAAGUCUAUGAAGAAGGAGCAGCAUCUAAAGAUGGGAGACUGUGGGCUGGGGAUCAGAUAUUAGAGGUGAAUGGAAUUGAUCUCAGGAAUGCCACACAUGAUGAAGCGAUAAAUGUUCUCCGACAGACUCCCCAAAAAGUCCGUCUGACUGUGUAUAGAGAUGAGGCCCAGUACAAGGAGGAAGACAUGUAUGAUGUACUCAAUAUAGAGCUCCAAAAGAAGCCUGGCAAAGGCCUUGGCCUGAGUAUUGUUGGGAAAAGAAAUGACACGGGUGUGUUUGUGUCAGACAUCGUCAAAGGAGGAAUAGCAGAUAUGGAUGGGAGAUUGAUGCAAGGAGACCAGAUAUUGGCAGUGAAUGGAGAAGAUGUUCGAAAUGCUAACCAGGAGGCUGUUGCAGCUUUGCUAAAGUGUUCGUUAGGUACGGUAAGACUAGAGGUUGGAAGAAUAAAAGCUGGUCCAUUCCACUCCGAGAGGAGAACAUCCCAGAGCAGCCAGGUCAGUGAAGGAAGUGGCAGUCUCUCGUCGUUCAGUUUCCCAGUUUCUGCGUCCAGUGCACCUGAGGUCUUUGAAAGCGGUCCAAAGAAGAAUACCGCAGCCUCUGAAAUACAGGGACUAAGAACCGUUGAAAUAAAAAAGGGCCCUGCAGAUUCACUAGGAGUGAGCAUUGCUGGAGGUGUAGGAAGUCCUCUUGGAGAUGUCCCUAUAUUUAUUGCCAUGAUGCAUCCAAAUGGAGUUGCAGCUCAGACUCAGAAACUCAGAGUCGGGGACAGGAUCGUUAGCAUCUGUGGAACAUCUACUGAGGGCAUGACUCACUCCCAAGCUGUUAGUCUCUUAAAAAAUGCUUCAGGCACUAUUGAAUUGCAGGUUGUAGCUGGAGGAGAAGUAAGUGUCAUAACUGGUCAGCAGCAGGAUCCACCUACGUCCAAUCUUUCAUUUACUGGACUAACUUCAACCAGCAUUUUUCAGGAUGAUUUAGGACCUCCUCAGUACAAGACCAUUACUCUGGAUAGAGGACCAGAUGGCCUAGGCUUUAGUAUCGUGGGUGGUUAUGGCAGUCCCCAUGGAGACUUACCCAUUUAUGUGAAGACCGUGUUUGCAAAGGGUGCAGCAGCAGAAGAUGGACGCCUGAAGAGGGGGGAUCAAAUCAUUGCUGUGAAUGGGCAGAGUUUAGAAGGGGUGACCCAUGAGGAGGCGGUUGCCAUUCUUAAAAGGACAAAAGGAACAGUCACGUUGACUGUUCUGUCGUGAACUGGCUGUCCAAAGGGGUAGGGUCAAUAAGACUGUAUUAUUUACGUUCCACAUAGCAGAGAGAAUGGAAAUGUUUAUAUAGCCUUCCUGCUCUUCCAGCUUCACAGGACUGUGUUACAACACUGAAGAAAAAUAACAUUUAA